CACUCUCAGAUCCAUCACUUAACAAACUACACUAAACCCAACAUAAACUCACCUUUUAUCUCUUCAAUCCAAACCCUAAUCUUAUCUUCUCAAUCGCUCUGUAUCUUCAUUCCAAUCCUCCAAUUCAAUCCAAUCCAAUUCAAUUCCAUUCAAAUCGAUACCGAAUUUCAUGUAAGUUAUUCCGAUUCACCUUUUAGCGGUGCUGCUGAUACCUAGGGUUUCGAUAAUUCGAUUAGAUCAUAAUGACAUGCUUUGUAAGGUUAAUUGAGUUGCUGAUUUACUUAAACAAAUGUGUUUCGUAACCGGUUAUUGAGUGAAUUUGUGUAAAAUCGAGUAGUUGAAUGUUGAUGAUGUCGUUUAAGAGUGUAAUGGUGAUUUAGUUAACGAAUGUGUGUUCGUAGCGGUUGUUGAGUGAUUUGUGUAAAAUUGAGUGAGUAUAAUGGUGAUUUAGUUAAUGAAUGUGUUUCGUAAGCGGUUAUUUAGUGAUUUUUGUGUAAAGUCAUGUGGUUGAAGAUGUUUUUUAAGAGUAUAUUGGUGGUUUAGUUAACGAUUGUGUUUCGUCAGCGGUUAUUGAGUGGUUUUGUGUGAAAUUGAGUGGCUGAAGAUGUUUUUUAAGAGUAUAUUGGUGGUUUAGUUAACAAUAGUGUUGCGUAAGCGGUUAUCAAGUGAUAGGUGUUUUAGGAGUAUGACGGUGAAUUAGUUAACGAAUGUGUUUCGUAAGCGGUUAUUGAGUGAUUUUGUGUGAAAUCGAGUAGUUGAAACCUGAAGAUGUUGAGUAAGAGUAUAAUGGUGAUUUAGUUAAAGCGGUUAUUGAGUGGUUUUGUGCAAAAUUGAGUGGUUGAAACUUGAAGAUGCUGUUUAAGAGUAUUAUAAUGGUGAUUUAGUUAACAAACGUGUUUCAUAAGCGGUAAGUGAGUGAUUCUGUGUUAAAAUCGAGUGGUUGAAACUUGAAGAUGUCGUUUAAGAGUAUACUUCAGGAUAUGAAGGGAGAUUUUGGGAGCAUUUCUAGAAAAGGAUUCGGUUUGCGGUCUAGGUCACAGAGAGUGGUGGAGGAUAGAUCAACGGUCGUUGUUGAUGCGUUGAAGCAGAGUUGUUGGGCGAACAUGCCGCCGGAGUUAUUGCGCGAUGUUUUGAUGAGGAUUGAGGAGUCAGAGUGUACCUGGCCUCCUCGGAAGAAUGUGGUUUCUUGUGCCGGUGUUUGCAGGAAUUGGAGAGAAAUCAUGAAAGAUAUUGUUAAAAAUCCUGAGUUUUCUGGCAAUUUGACUUUCCCCAUUUCGUUGAAGCAGCCUGGUCCAAGGGGCUCUCUAAUACAGUGCUUUAUAAAGCGGAACCGAAGCACUCAAACAUAUCAUCUCUACCUCAGUUUAAAUCAAGCAGCAAACGAUGAUGGGAAGUUUCUUCUUGCUGCAAAAAAAUGUAGACGUGCUACGUGUACAGAUUAUGUAAUUUCUUUAAAUGCAGAAGAUGUUUCAAAAGGCAGCAGCACGUAUAUAGGAAAGUUAAGAUCAAACUUCCUUGGAACGAAAUUCACCGUAUACGAUGCCCAACCUCCAAACGGUGGAGCUUUGACUACAAAAUGCCAUUCCUCGAGGCCCGGGAGUAUGAAACGAGUAUCACCUAGGGUUCCCGCUGGAAACUACCCGGUUUCCAACAUUUCUUACGAAGUUAAUGUCUUGGGGUCCAGGGGUCCAAGAAGGAUGCAGUGUGCGAUGAACUCGAUUCCCGCAAGUGCAAUGGACCCUGGGGGAUCGGCUCCAACUCAGACUGAAUUUCUCGUCAGCAAUGUGGAUUCAUUUUCAUCUCUAGCUUUUUUCAGAUCAAAAUCCGCACGUAUCGAUAAUUCCCAGUCUGGAACAUUGUUGACCGGUCAAAACGACCCGAUGCUGGUGUUGAAGAACAAGGCGCCUAGGUGGCACGAACAGCUGCAAUGCUGGUGCCUUAAUUUCAACGGACGGGUGACUGUUGCCUCCGUGAAAAACUUUCAGUUGGUUGCUGCUAUGGAAAACGGAGAACAUGAAAAUGUGAUUAUACAGUUUGGAAAAGUCGGAAAAGACGCAUUCACCAUGGAUUAUCAGUACCCGUUAUCGGCUUUUCAGGCGUUUGCUAUCUGUCUUAGCAGCUUUGACACCAAAAUUGCGUGUGAAUGAUCGAUAAACUGGGGUUAUUUGCGGUAUAAUCUUUGACUAAAGUGCAUUUGUAUCUCAGAUUUGGAUAGUUUCUUUUUUUUUGGUUGACUGUAAAGCAUAAUAUGUCAUAGCAGAAAACUGGUACUCUUUCUAAUAUGAUUUCAUGUUGAGUGAUUGUCAGUAUUGUGUU